CUUUGCUUGCAAGUUUGGAAGACAGACCUCGUGUGAAGUGUGAACGACAUGAUGUUAGAGUUAGAGGUGAGAAGCAGAAGAAGAAUAGAUAAUAUAGUUUAGCAGACACAGUACUUGGGCCACGUGGGUAGAACUACUUAGUCAGAUAUUGGUCAGCGAGCCACACUUUAUGUCUCGGUGAAGAAGCUGGCAUGCACAAUUCUUUUACUUUAACCAGACUGCCACCACCUACUAGUUCUCUCUCCAUCUUUCUCUCUCUUCACUGAUCAUUCUUUCUCACACUAUUUAUACAGCCACUCUGCUUUUGCUAGAAUCAUCUGAGAGAUUUGUUCUAGUUUCCUUAUCCCCAAUGGCUUCCAGAGCUGUUGCUGUGCUCCUUCUAUUGGCUACUACCUUCCUAGUAACCACAAAGGAGGUUGCUUAUGCCGACAACACAGCACCAUCAACAACAUAUCCUCCUAAGGCAUCUGCUCCUCCUCCUUCAGCUCCAUUAGUCAAACCACCAACUCCAGUGGUCAAACCACCAGCUCCUGUGGUCACACCACCACCAACACCAGUGAUCAAACCACCGGCAACUCCAGUGGUCAAACCACCGGCAACUCCAGUGGUCAAACCGCCGGCAACUCCAGUGGUCAAACCGCCAGCAACUCCAGUGGUCAAACCGCCAGCAACUCCAGUGGUCAAACCGCCUCCAAUACCUGUGGUCAAACCGCCAGCAACUCCAGUGGUCAAACCACCAGCAACACCAACUCCAGUGGUCAAACCGCCAGCAACACCAACUCCAGUGGUCAAACCACCAGCAACUCCAGUGGUCAAACCACCUCCAACACCUGUGGUCAAACCACCUCCAACACCUGUGGUUAAACCUCCAGCUCCUGUGUCUCCACCAUUGCCUCCAGUUAAGUCCAGAAAAGAUUGCAUACCAUUAUGUGACGCAAGGUGCGCAUUACACUCGAGGCCAAAUGUAUGCAAAAGGGCAUGCGUGACGUGCUGCGAUAGAUGCAAGUGUGUUCCACCAGGCACGUACGGCAACAGGGAAAAAUGUGGCAAGUGCUAUUCUGAGAUGAGAACCCGCCGCAACCAAUACAAGUGCCCUUGAUUUUGUUUUGAUUAGAUUAAGAAGAUCUGUGAUGUUUAAACCAUGAGAAAAUGAGGAGAAAAACGAUGGUGGUUUUUGCUCCCUUGACUUUCUACUACUUCCCUGCGGUUAUGUUAUUAUGGGAUCAUUAUGUAAGAAUAAUAGUAAUAGUUCUUGGUGUAGUUCUUCUCUCAUGUGUUGAUCAUAUGUAUAAUUUUUUU